AUGAAGUCAGCAGCAUCAGUCACAGCAGUGGUGUGUUACUCUGAUGACAACGAUAGUAAUGGUGCCUCGCAUCCUCCUCUAGAGGGCAAAAUUCUGGAUUCCUCAGACCUCUUCGCUUUCGUUUAUUCACCAACGCCCAUUAAGAGGAGAGUGUAUAUAUCACGUAGCAAUACUGGAAGCUGUACGGAUAAUGUUGGAAUGCCGCCUAGUGUGGCUACUCAGGUCAGCCCUGCCGCUGUAACAUGA